GAGCCUGCAGUGAAUCAAGUGCACAUCACCGUGACCGAACACACUUACCGGGGAUACACAGCAUGACCGGCACCGGCAGCACGGUACGAUGGCGGCGGGCGGUAUUUGUCCAGUCCUGCGUUCUGCUCGCCUAUAUCCUAAUUACCGUAAACGGGGUACCUAUAGACAAAGACAAGACCAAAGCGACGAAGGAGCCCGCCGCGGAGGACCAGGAGCCUCAAAACACAGACACUGGAUUAUAUUAUGACCGAUAUCUCAGGGAGGUGGUGGAAGUUCUGGAAACGGACCCGCAUUUUAGGGAGAAGAUCCAGUCGGCUGAUAUUGAAGAUAUCAAGAGUGGAAAGAUCAGCAAGGAGCUGGACUUGGUGAGUCACCACAUCCGAACCAAACUGGACGAACUCAAGAGGCAGGAGGUGGCAAGACUCCGCAUGCUCAUCCGGGCCAAGAUGGACGCCUCGGAAAAUACGGGUAUCGAUCACCGGGCGCUGCUCAAGCAGUUUGAUCAUCUUAACCACAACAACCCUCAUUCCUUUGAACCGAAGGACUUAGACUUGCUGAUCAGAGCCGCGACAAAGGAUUUAGAGAAUUACGACAAAGAGCGCCACGAAGAGUUUAAAAGGUACGAAAUGAUGAAAGAGCACGAAAGGAGAGAGUAUCUGAGAACCCUCGACGAGGAGAAGAGAAAGCAGGAGGAAGCCAAGUACGAGGAGAUGAAGAAAAAACACAAGGAACACCCCAAAAUUAACCAUCCUGGGAGCAAAGACCAGCUGAAGGAAGUGUGGGAGGAAACAGAUGGACUCGACCCAUCCGACUUUGACCCCAAGACGUUUUUUAAGUUACACGACACCAACAGCGAUGGUUACAUCGACGAACAAGAACUAGAAGCGCUAUUUACAAAAGAGUUAGCGAAAGCUUACGAUCCCACAAAUGAAGAGGAUGACAUGAUAGAAAUGGAGGAAGAGAGGUUACGGAUGAGAGAGCACGUAAUGAACGAGGUUGAUAUUGACAAGGACCGGUUGAUCAACUUGGAAGAAUUCAUCCGAGCCACAGAGAAGAGGGAAUUUCUGGAGCCGGACGGCUGGGAGACGGUCGACGAACAGCCGAUUUACACCGAGGAGGAAUUAGAAGAAUUUGAAAACCAGAUUUCUCAGAAGGAGGCAGAGCUGAAGAGGCGAGCGGAGGAGCUGUACAGAGAGCGAGAGAACCUGCAGAAACAGCACGAGCACAUUCAGGCGCAGAAACAAGAGCUGCAGCAGGUCGUACAGCAAAUGGAACAGAAAAAAAUGCAGCAAUCCGUCCCCCCGUCCGUACCCGACGCCAGUCUCAAUUUCCAGCCAGCUGGUGCCCAAGCUGUCCAUUUGGGAUCUCAGCAAGUUGGAAAUCCUCAGCAUUUGCCUCCAGGACACCUACCAGAGCCUGGGGUAUCACAGAGCCAUCAAGUGCCCUAACUGCCCUACAGAUACUUCUUGCUUUGCUUCAAGAGACCGUUACGAUCAUGCUCAACGUCUACGACUACUCCGAGGAGCUGAUAUGACAUCAAAUCGCU